CCCGCCAAAACCUAAAUCCCCAAUCGCCACCGACACGCCGCCGCCGCCACCACCAGAGCCAAAUGCCUCGGCCGCCUUCUCCGGAAGCUCCCCCGCGCAGACCACCAGAACCGCCGCCUCCGCCUCCGCCCGCCCGGAGGACCGCCAAAGCCCACCCUCCGGAGAUGCCUCCACCGGCGCGGCCAUUGCGGCCCGGCCGGAGGAGUGCACGCCGCGGAUGGACAUGGAGUUCGACACGGAGCUGCAGGCAUACGACCUCUACCGCCUCUACGCCUUCAAGCUCGGCUUCAACGUCCGCCGCCGCUACACCAACCGCAGCAAGACCUCCGGCGAGGUCACCUCCUGCAAGUUCGCCUGCUCCCGCGAGGGCUUCAAGGACCACAAGCCCGCCGCCGCCAUCGCCAGCACCGCCAAGCUCCCCCGUGCCGCCGCCAGGCUCUCCCGCGCCGCGGCCAUCCCCGCGCCGGACGGCAGGACCGGCUGCAACGCGCACCUCACCCUCCGCCGCACCAAGCCCGGCGGCCACUUCCAAGUCUCCGCCUUCCAGCCGCGCCACAACCACCCGCUCUUCGCCGCUCCCCGCGGCCCGCCCAGCCCCUUCCACUCGCCGCCCAAUGCCGCUCCGCCGCCGGAUUUCAUUGACGACGAUGCUACAGCCGGGGCGGCAUGCGCCGAGGGAGACGGCCCCUUGCGCACCAGGCGGCAGUGGGAGAUCAAGUAUGGGGAGGCCGCCGCCCUGCUCAACCACCUCCAGCGGCAGUCGCUGGCCGACCCGGGGUUCCAUCACGCCAUGCAGCUCGACGUCGAGGACAAGGUGGCGAACGUCUUCUGGGUCGACGCCAAGAUGGUCGCCGACUACGCCCACUUUGGCGACGCCGUCGCCUUCGACGUCGUGUCCAGGAACAGCAUCAGCCUCCGCCACCUCGCCUCGUUCGUCGGCUGCAACAGUUUCGGCGAGCCUGUCGUCUUCGGGCUGGCGCUCAUGUACGAUGAGUCCUGCGAGUCGUUCCGGUGGCUGUUCCAGACGUUCCUGCACGCCAUGUCUGGGCGAGCACCCAAGACCUUCAUUUCGCAUCAGGAUACGGUAAUAGCAGAGGCCCUGUCCUUGGCGAUGCCUGGCACGACGACGACCCAUGCCAUAUGCGCAUGGCACAUAAAGCAUGUUGCAAAGGGGAACAUACGUCAGCUUUCUAAAGGCGAUGCCAGUUUCAUCGAGGAGUUCAAGGCGUGCGUCGACGGAGAGUAUGGCGAGGAGGCAGGAUUUCUCGCUGCAUGGGAUGCUAUGAUCAGCAAGUACGAGCUUCGUGACAACGCGUGGUUGCAGAGGCUGUUCGAGGAGAAACACAAGUGGGCUAGGCCCUACACGAAAGGGAUCUUCUCGGCUGGAAUGGAAGGCACACGGUUGAACGAGCGCCUGAGUUCCGAGGUGCGCAGUCAUCUGAGAGCAGAGGUGGACAUUGCUCUGUUUUUGAGGCAUCUUCAGAAAGUGAUCAGCGAUAGGCGGCACAGAGAGUUGGAGAUGGAAUACGGUUCAAGGUUGAUGAUGCCCUACCUCAAAAUCAGAGCUCCUGUUCUGACACAGGCUUCCGAGGUCUAUACCAGCGUGAUCUUUCAGCUUUUCCAGGAAGAAUAUGAGGAGUUCCAGUCAGCUUACAUCGUGAGCCGUGAUGAGAGCGGCCCGUGUCGUGAGUAUGUCGUCUCGCUUGUGGAGAAGGAGGACUGUCGAUACACGGUUUAUGGGAACCCUAUGGAGCAGACUGUCGCAUGCUCGUGCGGGAAGUUUGAGAUGGUUGGCUUCCUGUGCAGCCAUGCUCUCAAGAUUCUAGAUGUUAUGGACAUAAAGUAUAUACCAGAUAGGUACAUCAUGAAGCGCUGGACCAAAUAUGCAAGGCGUUUGACCUCCUCUUCACUGGAGGUUCCUGUUCCUGGGCAAGCCGUUCAAGAAGAGGAAUCAUUGGAGAUUUCUUCUAAUCGCUACCAGCACUUGUGCCCCAAGUAUGUUCGGCUUGUUGCCCGGGCAUCAGAAUGUGAGGAGUCCAGCAGAGUACUAGACCAAUUUUGGGGAGAACUUGGCGACAAGGUUGAGCAAAUCCUGCAGAAACAAACCAGCGUUAGCAGCGCACCUGUGACACUACAGCCUGAUGUUCAGAAUCUUAAGAUGGCCUUGUCUUCCAUCACGGAUGGCACUGAAUCAGAAAAUGUUCUGGACAUAUCAAGCAGGGCAGUGGCAGAAACAGUAAAGAAGAAAGGCCAGAAAAGUAAAAACCAUCCAAGAAAUUGCGUUGAAAAGGGUCUGACAAAGAAGCAGAAAGUGCACUCAGAAGAACCUGCACUUGUGCAUUAUGGUUUGGCAGAUGGUUCAGCCCAGUCUGGAAAUGCCAUGUUUCAGGGCUUGGAGGCUCCUCCUAACAUGUCCAAAAUGGUUAGCCAAACUCCAACCUAUGUACCUUACAUGGGGACUGACUUUUCAAAUCCCAUGGGGACACUCAACUAUGAAGAGAUGCACCGUGGCGCAAGUCUGGGGUUCACUCUGUUACCUUCUCAGGACCUAGGCUUUGUCGCCUGUCACACUUCUCAGGCGUCAGGUGACAGCCAGCACAACCAGGCCUUGUAGAAAUCAGUGCUUACUUGAAGACUCUCUCAAUGGCAAUGCGAAGCUGUAUAAUGGAGCACAAUCAAUGGGAUUGAAGGCUUAUGAUGUCUGCACAUAUAUAGUCCAUCAACCGUAUAAUAUGGCAAUGAGAAACUGCACAGGUUAGUGGUGCGUGAAUUAUGAUUUCAGCCAAGGUUGACUUUGACUUCAUAGCUGGGGGAUGUGGCAGGAAAGUGUGAUCGCUUGGACAUCAGAAGCAAUUUGUGAUGCAGAGGAUCUUGUUGAGGAUUUCAGCGGGCUGCGAUGGUUGAUAAAAAUUUUCUGGAUGGAAGAGGAGAAGGUGAAUUCCAACCUUCUUGAAGAAAAAUGGGUGAAGUUGGAUGAGGAUUGGAGAUGGCGCGUAACCUACUUACACAUGGAUGGUAUGCUCGUCAUCUUGCAUGUGGAAAAGCUCUCUGGUGUGUGUAUGUAUGUAGUGGUAGUAGUAUGCAAUGCAUGAUAAGUAGAAAAGUAGAAAUCAGAAUUCAAACCGAAUAAGCUUUAUUUCAUCUUAUCAAUACAGUAUGGUGGCAAUAAUCAUUAACAUGCAUGCAUGCA